UGGUCCGUAUGGUUUUAACGUUACACCACUGUGUCCAUGCAUUAGUACAUCUGUGACCGCUGUGGUAAAAAAUAUUUCUUUAGUGACUCCAGUCGCUUCUGCCCCUAUAAAUGUAUCACAACAUCAAAUCAGAUUGUUAGAGGGUUAUUUCUUGCCAUGGCUCGGGUAGUUAAAGUGUUUCGGACUCUGCGGAAUCACUGGAAGAAGUCUACAUUUGCUGUGUGUGUCCUGUCCUACGGAGGAUACUGGCUGUAUGGCAAACACUGUGACAGUCUUCUGCGCAGAGAGGCGUGUCAAUUGGCCAGGGAAUUUGGACGUCAACAGAUCACCCCACAAGAGCGACUGAAGAAAGCUACAGUAAUUUUGAACCCUGCAGCUUGUAGCGGCAAAGCCAACAAUCUAUUUGAAAAGAAUGCUGCUCCCAUCUUACACCUGGCUGGUGUUGAGAUUACACUCGUCAAGACGGACUACGAAGGUCAAGCAAAAAAACUGAUGGAGUUCAUGGAACAAACAGACAUGUUGAUUGUAGCUGGAGGGGAUGGCACAGUGCAGGAGGUCAUCACAGGGUUACUGCGAAGGCAAGAUCAAGACACCUUUAGUAAUACACCAAUCGGAUUCAUACCACUGGGUGCUCAAAAUACCCUGAGUCCAAGUCUUCACUUCCUCAGUGAUAACAAGGUCAAGGACAUUACAUCAGCUACACUGUCCAUUCUGAAAGGAGAGACUGUACCUCUGGAUGUGCUGCAAAUUAAAGGAGAGAAGGAGCAGCCCGUGUUUGCUCUCACCGGUCUGCGUUGCGGAGCUUUUAGAGACGUGGCUGCAACAAUCAGCAAAUAUUGGUAUCUCGGAUCACUAAAGUCAAAUGCGGCCCAUUGGCUUCAUACACUGAGGGAGUGGCCUCUGGUCCGGGAUAUCUCAGUGUCCUACUUGGCUCCCACCCUUCGGCCUCCUGACUUGCCCCCUCAGAAGCCCCCCAGACCCAACUUACUCUACCGCAUCUCACACAGACUGAAGAACUACUGGAACCCCCCAGUGGAGGAGCCUCCGAAAGUGGAGGUUCCAGAGAAGUGGGAAGAGCAGCAGCUGUCAACGUUAGAGCUCUAUAUUCAAACGCACAACAAAAACCCAGUGGAGAGGCGACUGAAUGACUCCCUGAUGAUCAGCGCAGAGCCAGACAACUUCACUGUGGGCGAGUUCAUCACCGUCGGAAAUAAAAAACAAGAAGACGCAACAGUGUUCACUAAAGAGUCCACAAAACUGGAAGCCAGUGCUUGUCGUCUGAACCUGCCAGAGGGUGUCUCUGGUUACUAUAACAUUGACAACGAGGAGUACGAGGCCAUGCCUGUAGAGAUCAGGCUGUUGCCAAGGAAACUACGCUUCUUCAUCAGUGCAGAGCGCAGAGAGCAGCUUCUCUCACAGCCACAGUGAGGAGAAAACACAAAACCAGAAAGAAAACAAGAACAGCAGGACAAAACCAGAUUUUGAGAGAAGCACCAGAUGCCAUCCAAACAAUAAGUCAUUGUAGUAAAUGAAUUCAGUCAAUUUUUCACUACUUGUAACAUAGAAUAUUAAUUUGGAAAUUAUUUCAUGAAGUGCGAAGACUAUUGCAUCACAGGCGGUGCACAUAAAAAGGACCAAGAGUGCUUUUCUGAGUCCAAGAUGUCUCACAGAAGGAUUUUAAGUUUACUGAACAGUUUACUCUUGUCAUCAUGUUUGAAUAUGGUCGCUAACAAUAACGUCUUUCCAGUUCCAUAGAAACCUUGUUUUCUACAUUUUUAAAUGCUUUAAACCAGUCGCUGCAAUAGAUGAGCAGUAAAGAAGCAAUCAAGUUUAAACUGAAGUCUUUGUUAAACUUGUUAGAAAUGCUGAGAAUCUGUGGUUGUAAGUGAGGGAGGAGGUUAAAGAAACAAGUGUACGGAGGUUAUGCUAACGGUAACAAAUAAAAAAAUAAAACACA